AUGUUUAAGGGCUGCCAGGCCUGGUUCUCCCACAGCGUCCAGCCCGGCCCCCGGCAGCUGUGGGGACGCACGGGGGUUCACCUUCGUCCUCACCCUGCUCUUCCUCCCACAGUGGCUGGCGGAGGGCUGCUCACCCGCUGGCAGGACGCCGACUAUCUCUUUAGUAGCGAUGCUGCUCACCCCGAUACCCGCAGGUUGGCUCUGUCCCCCCUUAGCGCCACCCCCGGUGCCCAGCACACACCUGGGAAGGUCCUGUUUGGGGUUGGCCAUCUCCGUUGCUCGCUGAUGGCGUGCUGGAGGGGCUCUGCUGGUUUGUGGGGGGCAAAAGGCAGUGAAGUGCAGCUGAUGGGAAUGCUUGCAUUAACGCUGAUGUUCCCCAGUGGUGGGGAUGGCGCUGUGAGGCUGCUGACAUGGCUUUUUGUGGGAGAGCAGAGCAAGGCGGGAGCUGAUCCAUCUGCAUUCACACCAGCGGAAAUAAAACCCGCCUGGACUUACUGGAAACCACCCCUUUUCUUUCCCAGCAUACACGAGAGCCUGCAGUACCUGGAUGGCAGAGCUACAGUGUUCCAUCCCUGUUACCUGUCAGCGUGGCUGAACAGCAGCACUGCCAAGCAGCAGCCCGUGGCUCUGGGGCACUUCGUGCUGCCCCCCGCCUGCCUGCAGGAAGAAAUCAGGAGAAAAAUAGGUAGAUUUCCUUGGGAGCAGAUGGAUUAUUCCCUUGUGGAACAGCCUGAAGAAAAUCUGUCUGAUGAACCAGAGACAGUGAGCAAGGAGUGCGAGCAAGGAGCUGGGGAGGAUGCACAGAACCUACCUGAAAGCAGUGAAGGAAAAAGGGGCUCAAGAGCAUCCAGCCAGGAGGAAGUUCCAUGCCAUACACUCCAGGAAUACCCGAUAAAUAACAUGGUGACAGGCUACACCUCUGCCCGUGACAUGAGGAAAUACACUGGAGAGCUACACGACUUCACUCCUGGCACCGCAGGCUGCACCGCCUACUGGGUUCAUCAUGAAAUCAGCCUAAAAAAUUCUAAGUAACAGGCAGCUGUUCUCAGCAAAACCUUAACUGAGCGCUGCCCGACACCAUCAGCCAGCUAUGGCAGUCCAGUUCUGUUUACCAGCAUCCUGUGGUUGCUGCAAGUAAUGCUGCCUUCCCUGCCUUCCUGCAGAUUGAUCGUUAUUCCAGUGCACAGCCUUUGUUAUCACUGCAUUUUAGUUACACAGUGAAGAGAUUGGAGACACUGAGCUGCAAAUUCCAAGUUAAAUCCCUUUGGUGCUUGAGGGAGCUCUAAGCUAUCUGUGUUUGGUUUGUCCUCGUGACAGCUCAGUACACUUUACAUACCUGCCUGCGUUUGUUGUAAACUGUUUUUUUUCCUAACUACUGAAAGCAAAUUCCACAGCAAACAUAAAUACAGGUGUUUCC